AUGAUCUCGGCGAGCCACCCCGGCGAGGCGCUGGCCCAGCUGCAGCUGGGGCACCUGGGCCACCUGUACCCGGCGCCGCCGGCGGCCGCCAUGACGCCCGAGUUCCUCGCGCCGCCGCCGCGGCCCUACCCGCGCUACCCGGCGCGCAGGCCGCGCGAGCCGUCCGCGCAGCCGCCCUUCUACGCGCCCUUCCUGCCGCACGCGCCCUACGCCUACCUGUACGGAGCGAGGCCGCAGCCGCCCGCCGCCUACCCGCUGCGGCCGAGGUCCUCCUCGGGCUUCGUGCCGCCGGCGCCCGCGCCGCCUGCGCCGCUCGAUCUGCCCGCAUCGACAACCGCGCCCGCACCUCCCUCAAUCGAGGACGGUGCAAUGUCGCCCGAGCGGGGCACGCCGGCCCCAUACUUCUACCGGGGCGCGAUGAUCCGACUAGAGGACGGCUCCCUGAGGCGUGUGGAGGAGAUGAGGACUGAGGACUUCGUUAGCAGCGCGAGUCGCAGCAACGACCUGGCGCUGACGAAGUGCACGCUGCUGCGCCUAGACGAGCGGGGCGAUCAGCUGGCUCUCACGCUCACUUACGACAGGAAUCGCACACAGGUCGAACUGGACUGGACGGUGGACCGGCCGUUCUUCGUGUACGGCAGGGGCUGGGCGUCGUGUAAGCCGGAGCGCACCCUCGCGAGGUACGGCCUCCGCGUGCAGAGGCUGCAGGUCGGCGACGUGUGCGUCUCCCUCGUAGCCAGAAACCACGCGGCGGCCGCCAAUGCCGGAGUGGUUGCGAGCUCGACGACGAGCGGCCACUGCGUCACCAGCAGCAUGGGACUAACGAGCGGUAUGGGAGUUACGAGCGGCAUAGGAGUUUCGAGCGGAAUGGGAGGUACGAGCGGCAUGGGUGUUUCGAGCAGCAUGUGCGCUACGAGCAACGCUGUCACGAGCUCGGUCGGCAGCUGCCUCCCCGCGCCCGCCCCGCCCCAAACGCAUCCCGAGAACCUCAGCGUAAAAGAAGACUCGCGCAAGCGACGCUGGUCCGCCUCAGACGCGAACGAGGAGGAUCGUCCGCUGCUCAAAAAGCGC